AUGUCUUCGGGGUUUGGGAAGAAAGCAGGCCCAACCGCAUCUUCAUUAUCUCAACCUCUUUUUGGUCCUCCUCCUCUGUCAUCUUCCCCUUUCCCCCCAGGGAGAGCGCUGUCACCACCUUUGAUUUAUCAAGCCUCUAGUCUUGCUACCACUCCUUACCAAUCAACUGGAAUCCCGAGGAAGCCAGAAGCUGUGGAAAGAUUACGGUCACCUCCUUCACGUCCUGCUACAACAUCUUCUUACCUAUCUGUUGGGCCCUCUUUCAAUCAGUCUCCUCCUUCUAGAUGGGUUAAUGGGCAGGAAUCUUUCUUUAAUGAUGAUCCAAAGUCUUCUGCAGUCACAUCAUUUGUUUCUUCACGUAAUUCUGGAACUAGUGUAACUGCUAAAGUUGCUAGAUUUCAGGACCUGAAAAGGGGCAGGUCACCUCCUCCUCCUCCACAUUCUGUAGAUGAAGGCGUUUCAAGAAAUUUCUGUCAAAAUUUCCUUCCAAGUGGGAAUAACUCAGUUCUGCCAAGAACAAGAUCACCUCCUUUGGAUUUUGAAAACAAUAAAACCGCUAAGAAUCCUUUUGGCGAAGGUCAACAGUCUACUUUGCCUCCAUCUGCAUGGGAUGACCAUCCCAAGUUGCCAGGAAAUUACCCUGACUUGCUGACUCGUCAAGACUCGUCAGUCCUACCCUUUGCAGGUUCUCAUGAUUCUAUCCAUGCCUCAAAGAGAACUAGGUCACCACUUGUUUCACCAGCUACUGAAGUUCUCCAGGAUUAUCAUCUUCCUGUCCAAAACGAAUAUAAAAGGAAUUCUGUGUCUCCUCCUAGGUUAGGUAGUAGGUUGAAUGCUAUUUUCAGUACCUCAAAUUCUCAAAUUCCUCAAAGGAAUUUGCCUUCUGUAAAUGCUACUGUUGAUGCUGCUCCCACCAGGACCACCAGCUUCACUAUGGCAAAAAGAACAAGAUCACCACCUUUACCUUCAGUUGAUAAAGUAUCUCAGGAAAACCCAUAUUCCACCCAAGACGAUGCUGAAAGAGAGAUACAAGCAAAGGCAAAGCGGUUAGUUCGAUUCAAGGCAGAAUUAAGUGAGGAUUUUGAAAAUAGCCGAGAUACUGCAGACCAGAAGAUUGCUGCAAGUGGACGUGAGCAGGCUAUAGACGGAAGGCAAAAAGUUUAUGGUGGUCACCCUAUCGAAUCAACAGGGGAUUUAAGCAACAGCAAUAUUUCAUCUGAGUUUGAAGGGUCCGAAACAUCCACUGUUAUUGUUGGGCUGUGUCCGGAUAUGUGUCCUGAGUCAGAAAGGGCAGAAAGAGAAAGGAAAGGGGACCUUGACCAUUAUGAGCGCUUGGAUGGAGACAGAAAUCAAACCAACAAAUUUCUUGCUGUUAAGAAAUAUACUAGGACAGCAGAGAGGGAAGCAAACCUCAUACGUCCUUUGCCCAUCCUGCAGAAGACUAUUGAUUAUUUGCUCAAUUUGCUAGAUCAGCCUUACAGUGACAACUUUCUUGGCAUGUAUAACUUCUUGUGGGAUAGGAUGCGAGCAAUCCGAAUGGACCUCAGGAUGCAGCACAUUUUUAGCCAGGAGUCUAUAACUAUGCUGGAGCAAAUGAUAAGGCUUCAUAUAAUUGCCAUGCAUGAGUUAUGCGAAUACAAAACAGGAGAGGGGUCAAUUGAGGGAUUUGAUGCGCACCUUAACAUUGAACAGAUGAACAAAGCUUCAGUUGAACUGUUUCAAAUGUAUGAUGACCACCGGAAGAAAGGGAUUAAUGUGCCGGCAGAAAAAGAAUUUCGUGGUUAUUAUGCGCUUCUCAAACUAGAUAAGCAUCCUGGAUACAAAGUUGAACCUGCAGAGCUCUCGCUGGAUCUUGCAAAGAUGACACCAGAGAUGAGGCAAACCCCAGAAGUGCUUUUUGCUCGGCUUGUAGAACAGGUAACUUUAUUGCCUUCUUUCGGCUUGCAAGAAAAGCAAGUUACCUUCAAGCAUGCUUAA